AUGACAUCCCCCAAACGUCCUCGCGGCGGGCCCGACGCCGACGGCGGCUUCGCCCCUGCCACCCCCGACGACAUCACCUCGCCUCUCAUCAACCCUCCUCCCACCUACGCCGCCUUCUCUCCCGUCACGCUCUCCUCGAAUCCUUCGGCGAAAUCCUCCUCCAAGCGCCGCUCCACCAUCCUCGUCCACCAGAAAUCCCCCCUACUCCUCGCGACACCUCCUCAGAUUACCCGAGCCCUCGCCUACUCGCAUCCGUUCCUAUUGCCCCUGAAUAAGUUUGCCGGGCUGUUGACAUGGACCACGGGGGAUCCGUGGGAGAGUUUUGUCAUGCUCCUCGUGUUCUGGGCUGUCGUGCUGUACGGCGACGUCGUCAUCCGCAUGGCCGGUCCCAUUGUCGUCGUUGCCGCUUUGAUUCUCGGCAUGUACGCGCGUCGCUUUAGCCCGUUGAGCACGAGCGGGUGGAGCGAGCCCGCGCAGAAGGACUCGUCUGCGAGGGGCGUAUCGGGCGCCGCGGCUGCUGCCGCCGCGGGGAGACUCCAGAAGAAUGGCGGAAAGCCGCCUGCGGCAAACGGAGCUGCGAAGCCCGGCCAUCGGAGAGGCAAUUCGGAGGUGACAAACACGCGGCACCAGAAGACGUUGGACGAGAUUGUGGAAACUCUAAAGGAGUUUACGAGCCGGUGCAACAUGCUUCUGGAGCCCAUGAUUGAGAUGACGGAUUUCCUCAGCACUCAGCGCACUCCCACGUCGGCUACAACGCGACCUGCUCUCACGACAAUGUUUAUCCGUAUCCUCUUUUGCACGCCGUUUUGGGUUGCCCUUACCCUACCUCCCCUCAGGAUUAUCACGACGAGGCGCGUGGUGCUGGUGUUCGGCACUCUCGUCCUCAGCUGGCACGCAAAGUUUAUGCGCGUUGCGCGCGAGGUGUUGUGGAGGAGCUCCAUGAUCAGGAAAGUAGCUGCGCUCUUGACGGGCCUCACCUUUGAGUGUCCCAUGCGACCCACGCCCGUCUCCUUCGCUCCCGCGGCGUCGUCGGCGUCGGAAGCUGCCGACAACAACAACCUCUCCAGGUCGACGUUGACGAAGCGGCGAGAGUCGGAACUGACCAAGGCGUUGCGCCAACAGUCGCACCACCACGGCCACAAGCACGGCAGCCCCGGCGACGCUGGCGUGGGCAAGGACGCUGGCGUCAAGUUUACGUUCAUCAUCUACGAAAACCAGCGUCGGUGGGUUGGCCUCGGGUGGACGACUAGUCUGUUUGCCUACGAGCGCAGCGCCUGGACCGACGAGCACAACAACCCCGUGCCUGCGCGCGACUCUUUCGAGCUACCCGAGACAGAGGAAGGGAGUCACAUGCACUGGCGGUGGGUGUCCGGGAGCAAGUGGAAGGUGGACGGUGUGCCAGAUGAUGGGAAGGAGGAGGUGGAUUAUGAUGGGCCCGAAGGAAAUAAUGGGUGGGUGUAUUACGAUAAUAAGUGGCAAAAUGGGCGACGCGGAUUAGAUGGAUGGGGUCGCUGGACGAGACGAAGAAAGUGGUAUCGCGAUGCCGAACUGGUCGAGAUAGGUGACGACGAGGAGCAAGAGGAAGAGCAGAGUUCUGGCGUGGCGACUACUGCGGCGGAGAGCGAAGCUCCCGCACAAUCAAAGGUAGCCUCCAAUGGACCGCCUGCCUCGUUGGUCACAACGCCUCCAAGGAUACAAGCUUACAGCACAAUUGGAGAAAGGAUGGAAUCACCCAUUAUGAGUAGCUUUGGCAAGGCAAUCUCCACCCUAGCGCCUGUUCAAGAAACAGACGGGGCUACAGAUGACUGCGACGACUACGAAGCCAAUACUACCGCCGUCUAUUCGAACAACAACAAUAAUACCCAUGCCAACGGUGUGCCCAUCGCCGGCAAUGGCAACGGCAAGCGUGCCGACGAAAAGGACAGCUACGAUAGCUCGUCCCUCCACUCGACAUCGUCCCGAUCAUUCUUCCGCCCGACGUCGCUUCGGCGGAAGCUUACGGAUCGGUCGUCAGCGACGAUGGGGUCGUCGUCUGGCUCGGUACCGGCGGGGACACCCGGGUCGCAGGAUACAGAUAAGGAGCGGAUCCAGAGGUCCCGAGGCGCGAGCGAGGCGCGGAGCGAGGUGGAGGUGGCGGGCUUGGGGGUGGCGGCGGCGAUGUCGAUUCAAGACCAGGACCAUGGGCUUUCGAAGGGGUCUUGGGGCAUCGGGGACGAGGCAAGGAUGUCGCUUGAGUGA